CAAACCUAUUUUGCAAUGACCUAUCAGAAAUACUGCACUAAACCAGCUACCUUUAUUUACAACACCUGUGGAUGCCUCAAUGGAAAGUGGUAUGAUGAAAUUACAAAAUCUUGUGUUAAUCCCAGUGAAUGUAAGUGUCCUAGUAACCUGAUAUGGGUCCAAGAAGGUAUUUUGAAACUAUGCAAUAAGAAAGAAAAACUCAUCCAUAAUGGUUGUGUAUGUCCAGUUGAUUUAUUCUACGACACAACAUUAGAAAAAUGCGUUACUGCUAAAUCAUGCACUGGAGGUCCAACCACACCAACAAAAGAUCAACUUUGUAAGGAACAUGACCCGCUUACUGAAUACCGAAGCUGCCAAUCAUCAAGCUGUGUUUUAAGAUGUGAUAAUUUGAACCCAAUUGCUUGUACAGAUGAUUGUAUGAGUGGAUGUUUCUGUCAGAAACAUUUGGUGCAGGUAUCACACAAAAACAAAACAUGUGUAGCUCCUGUAGAUUGUCCAUCAAAACCUAUUGAAAAAGAAUGUUCAACCACAAUGGUUUUCACUAACGAAGGACGUUUGUAUUAUUGCGGAAACAAAGAUUCUGAUUAUAAAAAGAAUGAUUGUGUGUGCCCACCUGGAUAUCGCUAUGAUCGCAUAAAGAAAAUCUGCGUGGAACCCUGUGAUUGCUCUUACUCUGAACAAGAUUGGGAAUGUUUCAAGAAAGAUCCUAAUACUGAAUAUUACGAUUGCAAGUCGAAUACUUGUCUACCAACAUGCCAGAGUCAAUAUCCAGAUUAUUGUAAUAAGAAAUGCACAACAGGUUGUCACUGUAAGCCUGGUUUGAUGCAAGUUUCAGAAACAAACACUUCUUGUGUUGUACCAUCAGAAUGUCCAAAAGGAAAUUGUUGUAUUCAAUCGACAUACACUGAUAAAUGUACUGUAAACAAACGUUGUGACAAUAUGUUCCUUAGCUUUUCUCAAGCACUUUGCGACGGGGUUAAACGAUGUGUCUGUAAUGAUGGAUACGUUAUGAAUAGCAAACAAGAAUGUGUUUUACCACAGGAAUGCAAACCUGAAGAAAUUCGUUGUCCACAAAACAUGGAAUAUAGCACUUGUCAUGGAUGUGAAAAACAAUGCGAUAAUUUAAAUCCUAUUUGCACUGAAGGAAUGUAAAAUUGGUUGUUUCUGUAUUGAGGGAUAUGCCUAAAU